UUCACCUUUCCCAUCAAAGCGGACAAAUCUAGUGGGUAGCUGUGCUUUCCAUUUCCGUACACCCCCACCGUCAGCCAAGCUCCACUUUAGCUCAAAGGAAGCUGUCUCCAGAGUGGGCCGUUGCCGGAAAAUAAUUAUUUUUCUGUGGCCUCUCGACUACAAUCUCGACCUCUCCCCUUCCCUUCUCUACACCUCUCAACUAAAUCAAUCUCAAGCUCUCGUGUCACCGCACCACCACUCCAGCUUCUUUCAACCUCAUCUAGGGCACGUAGCCACCCUUCUCACUCCCCCGUUCAUUGUUCCAGAGUUCAUUUGAACCGCCCGAACGUCUAACGUCCCUUCAUCUCAAGCAUCAAGCUAUCAAUCCCACCUCAACUACUCUCCACCCCAACAAUCAGUCAAUAUGGCCAGCACCACGGAGAAAGUUGCUGAGGCUGCCGUCAACGACGUUACCAACGCUCUGAGCAAUACCUCUCUCACCGGCAAGGACGAGAACAAGGAUGCCGUCCACGCCAGUGCCGCCGAGGGCCGCCGACUGUACAUUGGCAACCUCGCCUAUGCGACAACCGAGGGGGAGUUGAAAGAAUUCUUCAAGGGUUACCUUGUCGAAUCUGUCUCCAUUCCCAAGAACCCUCGUACUGAUCGUCCUGUUGGCUACGCCUUCGUUGACCUCUCUACUCCGACCGAGGCCGAGCGCGCCAUUGCCGAGCUCUCGGGCAAGGAGAUUCUCGAGCGUAAGGUGUCGGUUCAGCUUGCCCGUACUCCCACCAACCCUGCUGGCGAGAAGACUGAGGCAGCUGCCAACGGCGAGGGUAGUGCUGAAGGCUCCCGCCGCCGAGCAUCUGGGCGUGGCCGUGGCCGAGGCCGCGGUCGUACUGGUCGUGCAGGCCGUGGUGGUCGAUCGGACAACGGAAAAGAUGAUGCCCCUGCUACAGAGGAGGCAGCCGCGGCUCCUGCCGCCGAGACUGACGAGGUUCAACCAUUGAGCGACAUCACCAACAAGAUCACUACUGACGAAUCUGAGAAGUCCAAGGACAAGUCUCGUGCUCCACGCGAGCGCCGUGAGCGUGGCCCGCCAGCUGAUGGCAUUCCCUCCAAAAACAAGGUCAUGGUAGCCAACCUGCCUUAUGAUCUGACUGAGGAGAAGCUCAAGGAGCUCUUCGCUGCCUACGAACCCUCUUCUGCCAAGAUUGCCCUCCGCCCCAUUCCCCGAUUUAUGAUCAAGAAGCUCCAGGCCCGUGGCGAGGCCCGCAAGGGACGUGGUUUUGGUUUCGUCACCCUUUCUUCCGAGGAGCAGCAGCAAAAGGCCGUCAGCGAGAUGAACGGCAAGGAAAUCGAGGGCCGCGAGAUUGCUGUCAAGGUCGCCAUCGACAGCCCGGACAAGACCGACGAAGAGGCUAACAUCCCUGCCGAGUCUGAACAUACUACCACCGCCGCCGCCGCCACCGAGACCCCUGAGGUUCCUGCUACCACCGAGGCCCCCGCUGCCGCUCCCACCGCCACCGCCUAAAGCAGGGCCUGAUCCAUUCUCCGUCUCUCGAUUCCCCAACAAUUAAUGUACAAAGAGAGACAAGCAGUCAAUCAUCAUUACCAGGCCUUUAGCCCAACAACGACUUAGCAAUAGCACCACUGCGUGGGCGGUCGAAUGGUAGAGCCACCGACUUGCAACCAGGCGGGGCUCUUUGAUUUCACGGCAGAUACAAAAAAUGGGAAAGCAGCAGCAGAUAUGGCGUCAGAUAUUGUCAACGGGGAGCUGCAAAUGACGGCAGGAAUUUCAUCUCUCUGGUGGAAGAUAUGGGGACCAUCGUGCGACAGCUUUUGGCACACAUCUUAAUUCUCUGACUCUCUCCCAGUCCUUUUCACUCUUGUGUUAUUCACUCGUAUCUCUCGCAUUUCUCCGUCUGUACACUGGUAGGACACCGGAGCGGGAUUAUGGGGGGACUGGGAAAAGUUCUCGAGCGCACAAUAAACUACGAUUGAUUGACAAGUAAUUGAUU